CUGCCGAACGAACCCUCCUCGUCGUCGCAGGAGCAAACCGCCCUCCGGUCUAUCUUCCCCCAGUAUAACCCGGAAAUACCGCUGAACCAACAGGAAUACUUUCCGACUCAGACCAGCCCAACCCAUAUUCCAAGGGCCGUCAUCAACCGCACAACAUGGUAUCCUCAGGAAGGAGAAGAGGAUGGCCCAGAGCCCCAGCACAGAAGCCCCGUGAGGAGUCCCAUGAGCGGUAGCUCGGCCCCAAGGUGGCCCAGGAGACGAAUAGAGCCUCCAAUCAUCCCCAACGUGUCGACGAAUGAGCAGAUGAAGAGCAUGUGGAAGGUUACCAACGGCUGGAAAGCCUCCGCUUCUGAAGGCAGGGUGUUCUGUAUGAAAAUGUCCCAAGAGAAGGAUGCCCCGGUAUACACUUUAUCUUCAACAUCGCAACCCUUCUACAACCUUAGGCUUGAUCCGACCUCGGCCUCCGCCUAUGUCACCGUCAGCCGUCACGAUCCCAGCAAGGUCUACAAGGCCCCCAGCCCAACGGCUGGCUCAUCAGCAAGCAGCAUCCUCAGCGGUGUCGUUGGCAACAAGGAUAACGGCAAGGGCACCGAGAGCAAACACUGGCAAGAAGUCCUCACCACAACUUUGGAAGAGGAGUCUCGCAAGCACCCGCCCAAUGACGGUCUUGUCGCUCUUCUGUACCCUCAGGCCGCGGCUAAGAUGGCGCUCGACAGACCAGACGACAUGACAGCCAUCGUCACCGCAGAGACGGAGUGCGCCCGACUCGUCUGGGAUGACGACUCGAGCUCACACUUCCUUGUCCACCCUGCGCUGGCUACGCCCUUCUGUGUCACCAUUGAGCGCUCACCCGCCUGGAGCCGGGUUGAGUACACGCUCGAACACCACGAGUCACCACAACAUCUCGCCAAGUUGACCCGCGACGGCACAGGCGGUGGCUUCCUCGAAGUAGACACCGCCAUUGCUUCUAAGAUCGACUGCUUCUUCAUUGUCGAUGUUGCGGUCGCAGCGCUCCUUCUCGUGGCUGCGAGUGACGAGAAGAACUCCAAGGUCGAGACAUUCGAGCCCCCUCCCGCACCGCGCGAGCCUGCGGGCAGCGAGCGCCGGUUGAGCAAGCGGGAGGAGAAGAAGCGCGCUGCUGCCGUGCGCAAGGGCAAGAUGGAAGAGUUCGAGAUCGAUAUCGAGAGCCAAGACAGCAGCUUCGCGAAACUUGAACAGGUUGGAAAGGAGACACGCGACAAGCUGCCGUGGCCGCUGAGAGCACUGAUCAAAGUCCUUACGGGGCUGUUCAAGUGCUUCGUGUGGGUGCUGACGAUAGGUUUCAAGGCGCUUGCAGCCAUCGUCAAAGGGCUUGCUAGGUGUGUUGGCGUGAAGUCGAAAUGA